AUGGAGUACAAUACCGUUGGGCGCGCGCUCACAAGGCUAGCGGGCAUGGCCAAAGGGCCUCAUGGGUCUUUCGGAGCGCAAGUGAGCAGCAUCAAGGUUGAUAUGCUUCCCACGUAUUCAUCCAGCAAUUCGCCGUUAUAUUUGUUUACCUCUGCAUUGGCAACAGCCUGCCCAUCUUCUACCCAUCCCCUUGGCAUAGACAUUCGCAGUUAUGAUAGAGAGCCCGAAGAUUCUUCUGUAGUCACUUAUCGGGAUAUUCUUCCCCUCACAGCCCUCUCAACAUUAACACGUUUAUCGCUUGAGUUCGGAAACAUCAACGUCCUCGGUGGAAAUCGUGACAUACUCUUUGACCUUGUCCUUCACUGGCGGCUUCUCGAGACCCUCAAAGUCGCCCCGUUUACCCUUAACCUCACGUGGUUCGCACGUAUCAUUCAGGCCCUUUCCAUGCUGACCACGAUAUCCAUCGACAUCGUUGUCGAGGAAGACGAGAUUCCGGCGUUAUGGAGAGAGCCGGAGUUUCACAGUCUACCGACCAAUAACUGCAUCACCGCACUCAAGUCGGUCGAGCGAUGGUCGCACGUCCCUCUGUUCCGUCGACUUGUCCCCCGGGUGAGGUGGAGUAGAAUGGAUGGCCCUCUCCUAUCUCUCUGA